CUGCCAGAUUGCAGAGUUCCCAUGAAAACCCAUGCAUAUGAAAACCGGCUGCAAGAUGAUGUUCCUGCACCAGUGAAACAGCGCCGUCUGGAGGAACUCAUCUCGGUUUUUAGAGAAGAGGCUGCUAAAGUCAACAUAGCUCUUAUUGGCAGCACACAGCUGGUGUUGGUAGAGGGAGAGAGUAAAAGAUCUUCUGAGGAACUUUGUGGUCGAAAUGAGAUAAAUGUGAAAGUGAUUUUUCCUGAAACAGAUUUGCCUGUUCAGCCAGAGAAACCUCAGAUGGUCCCCAUUACACCCGGAGAUUAUGUGUUAGUCAAGAUCACAUCAGCUAACUCCCAGUGUCUAUGAGGACAUGCUUUGAUCCACUCCUCCCUGAAUGACAGAAAAACAUGGCCAUCUGAGCAUCUUCUGAGCGAACAGACAAUUUCAUGCUGACCCUAAGAUAACCCUCAUGCUGCUGUUCUCAUUUCACUGUUCAAACUGUAAUUGUUGAAAGUAAAGAAAUUAACACAGUUAUUGUUCAUGUUGCAUGUAAUGAAGCAAAAUAUGUACGUAUUUUAAUAAGUAAAUGGAAAUAAAUGUAGAAAUGUAAUGUCUUG